AUGAAUUUGCGCAAGCUGAGUUUGUAUUUCGCUGGCAGAGGGGGGUUCGAGAACGCCGAUUGGUUAUCAUUGGCCGGCGUCGUCGCCGUUUCAGGUACUAUAUCUGAAAAGGGGUUGCACUCGUCAAGAAAGGGUCUUCUGGAGCUGUAUCUUUCAUGGGUGUUGCCGCCGGUGAUUCGACUUUCUGAUGCUGGAGCUGGAACAGACGGCAGUGUUCCAACAGUUAUUGUAAAUAGUGUUGGUGAUGAAGGAGCUGUCUGUUUGGAUGGCACCCCACCGGCAUAUAAUUGGGAUGCUGGGAAAGGUGAAGGUGCAAACAAUUGGCUACUUCACUUUCAAGGAGGCGGGUGGUGCUUGAACAGUACUCUUUACGAGACAUCCGAUCAAAGCGUUCAAAGUUGUGCAAGCCGUGUGAAUGGUUCCUAUGGUUCUUCUCGAUACAUGCAGGCCACCUUUAACUUAACAGGCAUGUUAAGCGAUGACCCCAAAAUAAGUGCUUUUUACAACUGGAAUCGAGUCCUCCUUCGAUACUGUGAUGGAGGGUCAUUUGCCGAAAAUGCUGAACAAUCAGAUCUUGUCACUAAACAUUACUACAGGCGUGCAAGGAUUUUCGAUGCAAUUGUGAAGGAUUUGUGGGCCAAAGGAAUGAGAAAUGCUCAAAAUGUACUUCUUUCCGGCGGCUCAGCAGGAGGGUUGGGUUCAAUCAUACACUGUGAUCGGUUUCGAGCUCUAUUUUCUAUGAAUGUUAGAGUGAAAUGCCAUGCGGAUGGUGCGCUCUUCAUUUGUGUGAAAAAUCUCGAGCAUGCAAAAUUCUUUGCUGCUGUUUUUCGCAGUGUAGUUGACCUACACAAACCUGACAAGGCCUUACCUGCUGAGUGCACUUCAAAACGGGGUCCAUUUGAGUGUUUCUUCUCAAAAUCUUUGGUGCAAUACCUGAAAUCUCCGAUUUACUUCCUUAAUUCGGCAUUUGAUGCAUUUCAAAUAAGAAAUACAUUUUCGAAUCAUUUGCGCGAAACCAUUAUGAAUCACACCCUUAGUAAAGGUGAUGUGCCUAUGCUACAAGAUUUCAGGACACAAUUGAUAAGUGUAUUGCCCCCACCAAGUAGUGACAUAGGAUUUAUAAUUACUUCUUUAUUCGGACAUACCUCUGCUCUACAGGGCUUGAAGAAACCCAUGUUUGUCGAUGAGAAAUCCGAGACAUUUGAGAGCGCAUUUAUGGAUUGGUUCUUGGACAAACAUUAG